AUGGUAAGAAACAACUUAAACCAACAAUAAUUCAUAAUGUCUGUUUAUCACUUAAGUUCAAAAAUUUAGAUAUCUUUUAUAAUUAUUCAAUUAAUUUUUUUUUGAAACUGUAUCUUCGAUCAAGAAUACAAAAAUAAUUUAAUUAGCAUCUUACAUUUAUAAUUGUACGACAUGGAAAUGGCCGAGGAUAUUAGUGAUAUCGAACCUGAUGAUUCUGUGAGUUCACAAUCAUUUGGAGAUAUAUCUAGAAUUUCAGGUAUAAAUGAUAACAAUAGUAAAGAAAAAAUUAAUCAAACAAUUAUAAGUGAUGAGUCCAAUCCAGCAUCAAUUUCUGUUAUUGCGGAUGAUUAUACGUAUGAUCCAACUGCUUUUAUUGAAAUAUCUGAUAUUCUUGGUCUUGUUGGAAAAAGUUGGAAUAUACACAGAGUAUCUCCUUUAUGGAACUUAAAUUUAAAUAAAAAAUACUUAGAUUCAUUAUCAAAAAAAUUUACAAAUUACUUAAGAAAACAUGUAUCUAAUAGUAAAAAUAAAAAAAAUUCUAACCUUCGAAUAUCUGCUUCUGUGGAAAUUAAAGAAGCAUUUCAAGAAUGUAUUGCAUUACAACUUCAAGUUAUUUCUUUGGAAGAUGAAUCAUUAUUAUACACGGGUGUUUUGUUAAAGUCUCCUGAUAAUACUAAUAAAAAGGAAAAUAAUCUUUUGGACUUACCAGUGUUAUUAGUACAAGGAAGUAAGCCAAUUAUGAUAGGAGUUCAUAGUUGGCUGGCCGAAUAUUUUGAUUGUGUUGUAAGACAUUAUGAAUUUGCACCGUAUGAGUUUCUUUGGCUUAUAGCAAUAUCAAUGGGUGAUGCUGGACAAUUAUACAAUGAAACAAUUUUAUAUCAUUAUCAUUAUGGUUAUGAAUUAUCUAAGGGUCAAAUGGAUAUAAAAUUUUUUGUGGAGUCUGAAUUUCUUCGAUCAACUUUAGCUAAGCUUAAUCUUAAUCGUACUACAAGUGAAGCUACUUCAUUCCAUUAUUCAGACUUAAUAAAAGUGCAAUCAGAAAUUGAAGAUUAUUUUAAAUUUUCUAGUGGAAUAAAUGCAUCUAAAUUAAGAUUAAAAGCUUUUGAGGCACCAAAAGUUGCAACUAUUAAUAUGUCAGGAAAAAUACAUAUAAGAUCUUCAACCUUAAUGGAUUUAAUAUUAAAGUAUUUAUUAGAACUAGAAAACCGUAAAUAUGUUUAAAUGACACAGAUAAAAUUCAAUUUUUUUUGUAUUUCAUAAAUUAUUAAUUAUAAGUUGACCUAUAUUUUAUUAUUUGUUUAAUAUUUUAUUUAUGAAAUUAUUUUCUUAAGAAUUCAUGAUGAGUUUUUAUUUAUAUAAAAACGUUAUUUUAUUUUUAGCUAUUUUUUACCUAUCAAUAGUUAU